AUGAAACUCCUCUCUCCUCCCCCUCUUCCUCGCCAGCACCCUAGCCGCGGAAGAAACCUCCUGCAAAUCCUGCUUCCCAGCCCCAAGCAGCGACUGCGUCGAGCAUCCGGACAAAUCCCAACAGACGGCUCAACCCUCGACGACAACUCCAACAAGCUCUGGACCUCGGGCUCCUGCACUAUCGAGUUCAUUCCCAACGGUGGAAGUCCCAAUGGAAAUGACGUGCUGGGCAUUGCACAGUCGUUCCUGAGUGACUGCUGCUCGGGCGAUAGCUGUUCUGGCGUUGCGUAUGAUACGGAGUCUAGUACUGCGCUCCAGAAUGGAUGUCUUUGUUUCCAUGGGGAGGGGAAGACGACUUGUAUUUGUGGCGCUGGGACUCCUUCUAUGACUUGUAUUUGA